AUGUCGGAUUGUCAGAAUGGCGCCCCGCCAAUGUAUCUCUCGUGGUCAAAUGUCACUGUCACGACGGAUCAAAAGGCCAUCAAUCGAGGAGUUCAGAUUUCCAUGGGCACACCUCCCCAGAUAGUCUCGCUCCGACCGAGUACCACCGACGAGAACCUUUACGUCGUCAACCGAGAGAACUGCGCACCAGAGUACAACGACACUUGUUCCGGUUUAUAUGGAGGUGUCUUCGACUACGCCAAAUCGAGCACUUUUACACAGGUUGCAGCUGCUCAAUGGAACGGCACAGACGCUGAGAACCCCAAUCAGCUGUCUUUCGUCCACUUCAACGACGCUCUUACCAUCGGAAAUGCUUCGAUCAGGGGUUACCCAUCCAUGUAUGACCAGCCGGGAUACGGCGGACAAGGCGUGCUACCUUUGGGCACGAAUUCAGAUCUCCUCAAGAUCGCAGUCGAUUCCGGAGCGAUCCCAUCUACGGUCUUCGGUAUCUGGGCAGGCAGCCGAUCUAUAAAUCACCCAGUCGACGGCGCAGUGGUGCUCGGCGGCUACGACACCACCCGAAUCAGUGGGGACCUGACGACUUUCAAGUCACAAGAGAAGUGCGAAUUCUGCGUCUUGGUCACCGGUAUCGAGUACGAAGACAACACGGGCAACCAUAACCUGUUCGACAACUCCUCCCAAACACUACAGAUCAACUUGCAAUCCUCCGAGCGGGUCCUGAACGUCCCCCAAAACGUCUGGGAGAACUUCCAAAAGGCCAGCAAUGGCGCCUACAACGAAACGUCGGGCUACCUCCAGUAUCCCACCUCCAAUCCACCCACGGGCAACGUGACCGUCACCCUACAGAAUGGGUACAAGACCACCAUCCCGACGGAGGAACUGUUCUACCUGCCCCGCCAGUACGACGACGAAGGCAAGUACUCGAUCGUCAACGACACGUACCUGAUCCCGACCAUAAUGAACUCGACCAACGACGGGUACGUGAUGAACUGGGGGAUGCCUUUUCUCACCAUGAACUACAUCAUCGGCGACUACAAGCGUCAGCAGUUCAAGAUGGCCCCCGCCAUCCGCACCGACUUCAAGGCCUCGGGAGGCGGCUACUCGCUGCAAGCGUCCUGCGACCCCAAGGUCAGUGUCACCGCUUCCGCCACGUCGAGCAUCACCGCCACCGGCGCCAUACGCGGCUCUUCGUCCACCGGCUCUGCGUCGCACGGCGGUGGAGGAGGUGGCGGAAACAACACCGGAGCCAUCGUCGGUGGUGUGGUGGGUGGUGUGCUCGGUCUCAUCGCCAUCCUCGGCGGUCUGGCCCUACUCUUCUACCGUAGUCGACGACGCCGCAACGCAGCCGCACAACCUGCACAGGCUGGGAAUGGCGGAGGCGGCGAGACCGGCAUGUCUCAAUACACGGGCAGCGUGGCAGACAGACAUUCUCACUGGACCGCCAUGAGUCCCACCGAGGUCCCAAGCGAAUUGGGCAACAAUCAAAAAGUCGGCAAUGUCAAUGUGAACCAGUGGCUCUCGAGCCAGGCCAGCGACACCCAGACCGUAACGGACUCGACAUCUCCAAACCCAAACUCCCACACUAUGGACCGACCAUUUGAGAUGCCCGCUCAAUCAUGGGAUACUCGAUAGAUACUAAACGUGUUUCCGACAAGUUACCUAAUUCAAAGACCGGCAUCAACUGUAAUCGCGCGACAGGCAUUCUUCUACAUGACUGGUCACCUUUUCCUCCUAGACACCCGAUACCACCAGCCACUUCAAGCAUCGAUACCUACCACAUCGACCAUAUCCCCUGUUCGCUGUUAGGUACGGAAUCGGCCACCUCAAGAGCACCAUCUCUCACCACUCACCUCACCAUGGUCGACCGGGCAAUAUCUCUCGAAUACCUCGAAACCUCCAACCUCUAGCACCCCACCCCCCAUCGACGGCGACGGUACCAUCCUGUAUCAGAAAGGCAAAAUUUCAAACACGUCAUACUACACCCCUCGCAAACACCCCGUGGGUGAACGGACAACCUCCUUAUCAUCAUCGUCAUGAUUUCACGAUCAGUCUCUCUACAAGAUCUCUUUUUGUCAUCACCCAAAAACCCGUCGUUAAGAGUUUAUCGACAUCACAUCAAAUCAAUUUCUUUUUCUUACUUGACAACUUUUCAAAUUCCUACUUCGAGACGGUCCCGUCCUUUUAUUAUUAUUUCUCUGUCGCAAGCUUUGAGAAUCUCAGCAGGACGAUAGAAUACCAGAAUGGGGAGGACGAGGACGAAUUUCAGUCCUCGGAGCAGGAUGUUUUUGAUGUUCUGGAGAGAGAGGGAGUGAGGGAGUAGGCGCAAAGUUUUGUAUAAUCAUGAUCAUUACUAGCCAUCAACAUAACACCACUUGGCGGUCGCCGUGUAAGGUGUAUAUAGCUCGUUGUGUUCUCGUUUCGAGAGGAGAGAUGGACAACGAGAGGAGGAG